GUCAACAGCUGCUUCAUUUCUAACUCGUGGAGCAACACCUCCAAGGGCGCGUUCGCAGGCACAUGUAUUGGUUUUGUUCUUGUUUUUAUUGUUGCGCUUGUCCGCCGCCUCCAGCGCGAGUACGAGUCACGACCACCAGCCGCGCGGAGGUUGCCCUGUGCAACGUUGAGUGCGCGCACCUCGGUCGGCGCCCUAUAG